CGAAGCAAUAAUUAUUAUUAGCAAUUAUUAGCGAUCAAUAAUCUUGAUCACAUUAUGGCAAGCACUAUUAAGGAAGCAUUAUCGGUGGUGAGCGAAGACCAGUCCCUGUUCGAGUGCGCCUACGGAUCACCCCACCUCACCAAGACAGAGAUGACAGCCUCCUCCUCCAGUGAAUAUGGGCAGACCUCCAAGAUGAGCCCACGUGUCCCCCAGCAGGACUGGUUGUCACAGCCCCCGGCCAGAGUCACCAUCAAGAUGGAGUGUAACCCCAACCAGGUGAAUGGGUCAAGGAAUUCUCCAGAUGACUGCAGCGUGGCAAAAGGAGGGAAGAUGGUCAGCAGCUCAGACAGUGUUGGGAUGAACUAUGGAAGCUACAUGGAGGAGAAGCACGUUCCACCCCCAAACAUGACGACCAACGAACGGAGAGUCAUUGUGCCAGCAGACCCCACGCUGUGGAGCACUGACCACGUGCGCCAGUGGCUGGAGUGGGCGGUGAAGGAGUACGGGCUGCCGGACGUGGACAUCCUGCUCUUCCAGAACAUCGACGGCAAGGAGCUCUGCAAAAUGACCAAGGAUGACUUCCAGAGGCUCACCCCCAGCUACAACGCAGACAUCCUCCUGUCACACCUACACUACCUCAGAGAGACUCCUCUUCCACAUUUGACUUCAGAUGAUGUUGAUAAAGCCUUACAAAACUCUCCACGGUUAAUGCAUGCUAGAAACACAGGAGGUGCCACUUUUAUUUUCCCAAACACAUCCGUUUAUCCAGAAGCAACACAAAGAAUUGCAACCAGGCCAGAUUUGCCUUAUGAGCAAGCCAGGAGAUCAGCAUGGACGAGUCACAGCCACCCCAGCCCACAGUCAAAAGCUUCUCAGCCGUCAUCCUCAACAGUUCCCAAAACAGAAGACCAGCGUCCUCAGUUAGAUCCAUAUCAGAUUCUCGGACCGACCAGCAGCCGACUCGCAAAUCCAGGCAGCGGGCAGAUCCAGCUGUGGCAGUUCCUGCUGGAGCUGCUCUCAGACAGCUCCAACUCCAACUGCAUCACCUGGGAGGGCACCAACGGCGAGUUCAAGAUGACGGACCCCGACGAGGUGGCGCGGCGCUGGGGCGAGCGCAAGAGCAAGCCCAACAUGAACUACGACAAGCUCAGCCGUGCCCUGCGCUACUACUACGAUAAGAACAUCAUGACCAAGGUGCACGGCAAGCGCUACGCCUACAAGUUCGACUUCCACGGCAUCGCCCAGGCCCUGCAGCCUCACCCGCCGGAGUCGUCCAUGUACAAGUACCCCUCGGAGCUGCCCUACAUGAGCUCGUACCACGCGCACCCGCAGAAGAUGAACUUUGUGGCUCCCCACCCCCCCGCCCUGCCCGUGACGUCCUCCAGCUUUUUUGCCGCCCCCAAUCCCUACUGGAAUUCGCCGACUGGAGGGAUCUACCCCAACACCAGGCUGCCAGCUGCUCAUAUGCCUUCUCAUCUUGGCACCUACUACUAGAGUGGGGUUGGGGGAGAUAAACAGCAAGGCAAAGCGAAGGAGCUUCUCACUGGGGUUCGGUCCCUGAGGAGUCGCAAUGAACUCUGUUGGAGUGCUCGAAUUAAAAGUGCCUAAAGAGACAAGUGAAGGUUUGGCUGGGAAAAAAAAAGCCCAAAACCACAUUAAAAAUAGAUGUCAAAAAGACUUUUUUUGUAGUAGGGAUUUAAAGGAAAUAUCCAAGAAGUAUUAAGAUACUAAAAUGUAAUGUAUAUGGGCAUCGAUUCUGUGGACCAAACAACAAUAGACUAUUGUAGGUAGAAGCAUGAAAUGAUAAGGAAAACCUGCGGAAGCUGGUGGUCUUAAAAAGUUGAUAAGCUUGUGUGUAAAGUUUGAUAUCAUGCUAGUGCAAAACUGGGACUAUACUACAGCAAUAUAAGGAUGAGUCUAUAGUGACCUAACACACAGUAUCUGGAUCAUUACAAAAGAGAGGGA